AUGGCGAGGGAAGGGUCCAAGCACGGGAAAGGAGGUCGGAGUGUGCAUUCCUCCACCACCUCGUCGCCGUCGACAAGCGCUCCCUCCUUCCCGGUCCACACCUUCUGCGGCGCCAUGAUGGAGGAGAACAUGCUCGACGCUGAGGAUAUCUUUACCUUGUGGGAUCCGGUGGGAUCUUCCUCCGCCAAGAUGAGGCCCCUCUUCUGCGGAAGCCGAACAGAGGCCCGGCGGUUCCUGCGGGCCGUCGACAACCUCCAGCGCGCCAUGAAAUUCUUCGCGGAGGACUCUUCCAUCUCCGGUACCGCCGCCAUCAUCCGCUGUCAGAACCUCAUGCAGGCCGCGAUGCGCCGCCUCCGGCGAGAGUUCCAUCAGAUCCUCUCCGCCAAGCGCGAUACCCUCGACUCAGAAUCCGUCUCCCACAACUCAUCCUACUCCUCACUCAGCGACCUUGAGAACGAAGAUGUCAGCUCCCCCACCGAGUCAGUCGGCGACCUCCAGCGAGCCUCCGAUCUCCGAUUAAUCGCCGACUCCAUGAUCUCCUCCGGUUACGGCAAGGAGUGCGUCGACAUCUACAGGCUCGUCCGCCGCUCGGUCGUCGAAGAGGGCCUCUACAAGCUCGGAUUCGACAAAUCCACCCCGAGCCAGGUGCAGAGACGCGACUGGGAUCUCCUGGAGAACAGGAUAUGGAACUGGGUGGCCGCGUCCAAGGUCGCCGUUCGAGUUCUCUUCUCCGGAGAGCGGGUCCUCUGCGCCCAGAUCUUCUCCUCCUCAUCUGUCCGCGAGACUGUCUACGCCGAGAUCGCCGCGGAGGCCGCCACGAGGUUCUUCGGGUUCCCAGAGCUGGUGGUGUCGAAAGCCAAAUUCUCGCCGGAGAAAAUCUUCCGGUUGCUGGACAUAUAUGAGACCAUCUUGGAUCUGCUGCCGGACAUCGAAUCACUUUUCUCCUAUCAGUCAACGUCCGCCGUCCGGUCUCAGGUUGUCGCCUCCCUCCUCAAGGUCGGGGAAGUGGUCCGGUUCUUGUUCGACGAGUUGGAAUCGUCGAUUCAGAAGGAGCACUCCAAGGAGGUGAUUUCCGGCGGCGGGCUCCACCCGUUGGCCCGGUACGUGGCGAACUAUAUCUCCCUCCUCGCCGACUACAGCAGCACCCUCGAGGACGUAUUCGCCGAGCACCCCGUCGAGAUGCCUGCAGAGUCCUUACUCGAAGCAGGCACUUUCAUGUCGGCGCCGCCGUCUCCAUCGUCCCGGGGAGGAGAGGGCCCCCUCUCCACGGUAUCUCUCCGGAUAGGAUGGCUCAUCUUUGUCCUCCUCUGCAAGCUCGAUACCAAGGCGGAGCACUACGGCGAACCAGCUCUGGGUUACCUUUUCCUCGCCAACAACCUUCACUACAUCGUCAGCAAGGUCCGCCGGUGCAAGCUCUCUGAUCUCUUAGGCGACGACUGGAUGGCGACCCACGCGGCCAGGGCGCGACGGUACGGCGCCAACUACGAGCGGCUGGCGUGGAACGACGUGCUGGGGGCGAUCCCCGCCGAUCUCGCCGCCAUCUCCGAGAUGGACGCGGACGAGGUGGCGCUCCAGAUGCGGCGGUUUAACGAUUCGUUCGCCGCGGCGUGUAGGAGGCAGGCCAGCUGGGUGGUGACGGAUAGGAGGAUGGCGGAGGAGCUGAAGCUGUCCAUAGCCGGGAAGGUCAUCUCGGCUUACCGGCCGUUCUACGUGAGGUGCCGCGGGGAGGGAAGCUCUGGUGGCGCCGUCCGCUUUGCUCCGGAGGACUUGGCCAACUACAUCUCUGAUCUCUUCUGCGCCGGCACCGGGUCGAGCGUCUCGUCGGGGUCCGGGUCGUCCAAGGAUGCAUCGUCGCGGCGGUGCUCAAAAACUGUGUAG